UAGUUCGCGCUACCCACGGACAGGCAGAUUCAAGAAAUGAGAUACGACGAAGAGGUGGAACGAACGGUUUGUGAAAACGGACAGAAGUUUCAAGGAAAGGAUUGCCUUCAGGACCACAACGCGGCGAGAUGCUGUGGCCCCGUUGAACGAUCGUCCAUGCACUGAAUAAUAACACAAAGUAAAAAUGUUACCUACGAAUUCGAGCAAAAAAAAAUUGUGCAUCUGCAAGCUGAAAUCUCAAAUUGUUGUCGUUGCCAAAUAAGUCGUGCACAACGCAAUCCUGUGGUCCCGGAAUAUGGCUUCGUCCACGAAGAGGUCAUGGAAACUCCAGGAUUUUGUUGCCCAUUCAUCCAAUGUCAAUUGCUUGGCAUUAGGUCACAAAUCUGGACGCGUUUUGGUCACUGGCGGUGAUGAUAAGAAAGUAAAUUUAUGGGCAGUUGGAAAGCAGAAUUGUAUUAUGAGCCUGAGUGGUCAUACCACUCCUAUUGAAUGUGUAAGAUUUGGACAGACAGAAGAUUUAGUAUGCGCUGGCUCGCAAACAGGAGCACUAAAAAUUUGGGAUUUAGAACAUGCUAAAUUAGCUCGUACAUUAACAGGACAUAAAGCAGGUAUACGUUGUAUGGAUUUUCAUCCUUAUGGAGAAUUAUUGGCAUCAGGAAGUUUAGAUACUGCUAUUAAACUUUGGGACAUAAGGAGAAAAGGUUGUAUCUUUACUUAUAAAGGACACAAUAGGAUGGUAAAUAGUUUAAAAUUUAGUCCUGAUGGUCAGUGGAUAGCUAGUGCAGGAGAGGAAGGAAUGGUUAAGUUGUGGGAUUUAAGAGCUGGUAGACAGUUAAGAGAGUUUUCUGAACACAGAGGUCCAGCAACAACAGUAGAAUUUCAUCCUCAUGAAUUUUUACUAGCCAGUGGAAGUGCAGAUAAAACAGUACAUUUUUGGGAUUUGGAAUCUUUUCAACUUGUAUCUUCUACAGACCAAAGUCAUUCCUCUGCAAUUAGAUGUCUCUAUUUCAGUCAAGGUGGAGAAUGUCUUUUUGCUGGUUGCCAUGAUGUGUUAAAAGUUUAUGGUUGGGAACCAGGUAGAACAUUAGAUUCCAUCCCAACUGGUUGGGGAAAAGUACAGGAUAUAGCUAUAGCUCAGAAUCAAUUGAUUGGUGCAAGUUAUCACACUGCAAAUAUUGUUUUGUACGUGUGUGAUUUAAAGAAAAUUGCUCCAUUAGGAGGAGUUUCGACAUCUGGUUCUCCAUUUAGUCAUGGAAAUUCGUUAAGGAAAAGUUUUUCUAGAGAAAGACCAUCUGGAUUAAAAAAACAUACAUUAGAUGUACGAACUAUAGAAGAAGCAGAUAAAUCUGGAACUGAUCCAGAGGAUGAAUCAACAUAUGCAGAUAUUCCUAAUGUUACUGAAUAUCAUGACAUUUUUCAGCCCAAUAGAUCAUUGUCUCGCACUCCACCUCCAGAACCUGAGGCUUUCGAGGAGCCUCAAGAUGUAGAUCCUACACAACCACAAAUAUUGCAAAAUUUUUCUACCUCAAUGUCAAGCUUAAAUAUAGUGGAUUCAGAAGAAGUUCCGCCAAUUUCAUCACCGUCAUCUUCGCCUCCAUCCGCAUCAACGUUAUCGUUAACAAAGCCUGUACCAGUUCGUGUUCAACCAAUUAAAACAUCGCCUCCUCUUCAAAGAAAUUCGAUUACGACUACUAGCCAAAUAAAAGCGAAUCUUCAAGCAAAUAACGGCCUUGGUAGAACUUCGAAAAAUUUGGCAUCUAUACCACCUUUAAGACAGAACAUUACACCUCUUCCUGGAAAAAAAAGCUGUCCUAAUAGUGAUAUAACAACACUUCCACAACCUCUAGGCCCUCAAAGAUCAAACUCUACGUUAACACCUCGUGUAGCACCAAUGGCUGCCGUUCUUCCAGUAAUGGAUGAUGGAAAACUAAAGAAUAGAGCACCUAGCCCAGAUUCUCCUAAGCAUUAUUUAAAAAGACAAAAUAGCUGUAGAGAUGGAGAACAGGGUUACGAAAGCGAUUACCCGGUACAAAUUAAUAGUAUAAGGCACAGUCCCUCCGAUCCUGCGUUAAACAGGCCGAAUACUGCGCAAUCUAGGUCCACUUCGCUGAACAGGAAUUUCGCUACCUCAGUGUCGCUGUCCGCGCGCAACGCUUCCACAGCCACGACAUUCGCCACAAAGAAAUCAAAUAAAGCUCAAGUAGCUCCAAAUCUUAAGCUAGAGAUUCGCGCUUCUCAAAUAAGGCCGAGUAUUGAGAACGCGGACAAAGGAGAAUUCGUUCCCAUAAGUGCCGAUAAACCUUACGGUUUGGAUGUUGAAACUUUUUUACCAAACCACUAUGCAAAUCCAACUGGGUUAGGUUUUUCUCAAAUGGGAGUUCUGAACGAGAUGUCGGAAGCUGAAGUACUCAACAGCAUGAUGCGUGGUCAUGAAUCUAUGAUGGCGGUACUUACGAGUCGUCAUCGAUCAUUGCAAAUUAUUUAUUCUCUGUGGCAUAAUAAAGAUCUUAAGGCUGCUGUGGAAUCUGCUGUGGCAAUGAACGAUCUUUCAGUUAUCGUGGAUCUAUUGGGAAUACUGACGUUGAAACCGACAAUGUGGAAUUUGGAUUUAUGUAACUCUCUACUCGGUCCAAUCGGUGAUCUGCUACAAAGUAAAUACGAAAUGUACAUAACUGUAGGAUGUUCGGCGUUGAGAUUGAUCUUACGAAACUUCGCAUCCGUGAUAAAAUCGAACGUGGAAGCGCCCCUUCACACGAUCGGUGUCGACGUGUCACGGGAGGAAAGAUACCACAAGUGCCUCUCAUGUUUCGAGAAGCUCUCGACGAUCAGAGGUAUCCUGUUGAAGAAACAAGGGACGCCGGGCAAAUUGGGCGUUUUGUUCCGCGAGCUGGCCGUGCUGAUAAGGAGCAUCGAGUGACCACGGCUUAGGAACUUGGUGAACUCGACCGCCAGACUCGUCGUUACCUGACAGGGAAUCGAGAAGACUCGAGGAAAGAGGGGCGUGUGGACGCCGACCACGAGGGAGAAUCAUCAACACGCUUUCGAGUUGCCUUACUCGGGGAAGCUUGGCGGAUCAGUUCGCCGGGGAACGCUCUCCUCCUCGCUCCUCGCCUCGUUCCGGGUCCUAACUUCCGAUCCGGCGCCACGUUCGAGGAGGGAGACGAACGAGCAGCGGAAGACAUCCGUGAAAUUGACGAAGAUGAUGAAGCUGAAACGAUGCUGAAACGAUGCUGUGAAACGGAAGAA